AUGUCUGCGAGAGUGAAGGGGAUCCUGACCAAAGACAGUGUCACCCUGCUGCCAUGUUUCUAUUUUGUAGAGCUACCGAUCCUGGUGUCGUCCGUGGUCAGUCUGUACUUUCUGGAGUGGACGGAUCUGUUCAAGCCGGUGAAGUCUGGCUUCAACUGCCAUGACCGCAGCCUGAGCCUGCCCUACAUCGACCCCAACCAUGAGGUCAUCCCCCUGCUGAUGCUGCUCAGCCUGGCCUUCGCUGGACCAGCCAUCACGAUAAUGAUUGGAGAGGCCAUCCUGUUCUGCUGUCUGUCUCGGAGGAAGAGUGGUGGCGGUGCUGAGGCUAACAUCAAUGCCGCUGGCUGCAACUUCAACUCCUUCAUACGCAGAGCUGUCCGCUUCGUUGGGGUUCAUGCAUUCGGUCUUUGUGCCACGGCCCUCAUCACUGACAUACUUCAACUAAUGACAGGCUACCCAACGCCCUACUUCCUCACUGUGUGUAAACCCAACUACACCACCCUCAACGUCAGCUGUGAGCAGAACCCCUACGUCUUGGAGGAUAUCUGCUCAGGGGCCGACCCUGCAGCCAUCAACCAGGGCAGAAAAUCCUUCCCGUCACAGCACGCUACUCUUGCAUCCUUCGCCGCUGUCUAUGUUUCGAUGUACUUCAACAGCACUCUGACAGACUCAUCCAAGCUGCUCAAGCCACUGCUGGUCUUCUCCUUUAUCAUCUGUGCCAUCAUUUGUGGUCUGACCCGGAUUAUUCAGUACAAGAAUCACGCCAUCGAUGUCUACCUGGGCUUCUUGCUUGGGGGUGCUAUCGCUGUCUACCUGGGGUUGUAUGCAGUCGGAAACUUUCAGCCUAGUGAGGAGGCCAACACCAGCCCCCCUCCACUGCUACAACGCCCCCCUUGCUCCUUGCCCCACAUAAGCCAAGAAGCUGUACUCCACCACCUGCAAAUGAAAGCCAGCAUGUCUGGGGAGCCUGGCAUGCCCACCUCCCACUCUGAGGGCCUCCUCCACCGAGGCCUUCAACAGCAAAGACCUGAUGAGAAACGCUCCAGUGCAGAUGUGGAAGUGAUCUCCCCCCGCAGUCCUCAGAACAAAGACGCCAUGGUGACCUUUAGCCACACCCUUCCUCGGGUCCACACCCCCCAGGCCAUGGCAGCAUAUGAGGAAGCAGCCAGACGUCAUGCUGCCACCCUCCACCAUGCCUCCAUGGACUCUAGCCGCUCAAAGCAGCUUCUGUCUCAGUGGAAAAGUAAGAACAACAACCACAAAUGCUCUCUACAGGUUCCAGACUCCUUCUCUUCCUCUGUAGACUCAUCAUCUGGCCAGUCCACCCAGCAUCCGCACCACCAUGGCAGCAUGGAGCUCCGAUCUAGCUCUGAACCAUCAGCUAUGGGCCUGAAUGGAGGCUUUGAUAGUCAUGCAUACAUGUCCAAACUGGCCACAGGUGCUAGUACCACUCUGCCCAGUAACUGCAGUGGCAUCGCCGGAGGGGCCAGGAUAUCCAUGCAGUCCAGACCUGGGUCUUCACAGCUGGUCCACAUACCAGAGGAAGCUCAUGAGAAUUACAACACCACCUCCCCAAGGAUGGGGGUAGGAGGAGGAAGUGAGGGAAUGUCGACAUUAAAUAGCACAGCUCAGGCUAACUGGCAAAGGGCAGCAGAGAAGACCACAGCCUGCAGGACCAAUGGUAAUGGGCAGAGUACCCAACCACGAAUCAUGCAAGUGAUUGCUAUGUCCAAGCAGCAGGGCCUACUACAGGCCCAUUCCAAGAGCUUAGAUGAGAGUAGCAUUGGGUGCAGCACCACUGGGAGUUGCCAGGGCCCUGCUAGCUACAGGGCGCUAACUGAUCAAGACCCCACUAGCACCACAGGGCCCAGCUCACUGGGUAGUACCACCGGCAGUAUUUCAGGGAGUACUGGAGCAAUUGUCAGAGUAGAGGCCCACCCUGAAAACAGCAGGCCGGUGAUCCAAGCUCCGUCCACAGAUGGAAGUGGAUCAUGGAGGUGGCGGUCCCUGGAUCAUGGCACUGGAGUUGGUGGAGGUACAGGGACCGGUGGAGCAGGGGGAAUAUCAGGAGGAGGAGGUGGGAGUUUGAGGCAGUCCUUUGAGCUCAAUGAUCUAAACAGAGACUCAGAAAGCUCAGACUCUAUACGCGAAGGGUCCAUUGACAGGAAGCGUGCCAAUCACAUUGUUACCACCACUGCCACUCUUAGCACUCCACCCAUAGUGACUGUUCACACCCAGAACACUGGCCAGUCAGAGCAGAGGCUUCACCCCCAGGGUCUCUCUACCAUAAGGGUCACUCCUGGGGAUGGUAGUGGUUCUGGAUCUGGUGGAGGUGGUGGUGGAGGAGGAGGUGGAGAGACCACUUCAGAAACCCCCUCAGUCUCCUCCAGCCGUGAGUCCACGCUGCGGAGAAAAGGAAACAAUAUCAUCCUGAUUCCAGAGAGAGCCAACAGUCCAGAUAACGCCCGGAACAUUUUCUACAAGGGAACUUCGAUGACUCCUGUUUUCAAGGACUAA